UAUAUACACAUAAAUACAUACAUAUAUAUGUGUGUCGUAUAUAUGUCAUAUAUAUAAUAUAUGCGCGUGUGUACAGGUGUUUUUGUAUGUAUAUGCAUAUAUUCAUACGAGUAUAGCUACUAUACAUGUGUAAACAAACACAAGCACUUUCAUAUACACACACACAUACAUACAUAUAUAUAUAUAUAUAUAUAUAUAUAUUUGUAUAUAUAUUGAUAGGUAUCAUACAUACUAUGCUUAGUCGCAUGGAUACACGCACGUAUAAGCAUUCUCAUGGGUGUUAAUGUAAACAUACAGAUAUAAUUAAGCAUAUAUAUUUAUAUACGCAUAUAUAUAUAUAUACACAUAUAUAUAUACAUAUACAUAAAGGUAUAUAUAUAUAUAUAUAUAUAUAUAUAUCUUCACACGUACGUGCAUACAAGUGUCGAUAUGGAUAUAUACGACUUCCUGGAUAUCUACCGAGAGAAAUUGGACCCCGUCGCAAUUUAACGGAAUACUAAUCUACGAUAUAUAUUGAAGGGGUGCAAUCCCUUUGCCAAUAUGCCGUCCAAAAAACAGUACGAUUUGGUGUCGGAUGAUGGCUAUGACAAUAGAAUUCCUUUACAUAGCGAGGAGGCUUUCCAGUAUGGGAUUAACUUUCAAGCUAAGUAUAUUGGUACUCUCGAUGUACCCAGACCUAGCAGUCGGGUAGAGAUUGUAGCUGCUAUGAGAAGGAUUCGGGUAAGUAAUAAUAAUAAUAAUAAUAAUAAUAAUAAUAAUCUUGAAAUAGAAAUUAGCAAAAUGUGGAAUCUGAAGACGAAAACAACACCUAUUGUCAUGGGUGCCCUGGGAAUGACAGCGAAACGGGCUGAUUACUACCUAGCUCAGAUACCAGGAAACUCCAAAAUGACUGAAGUUCAACAGAUAGUGCUCAUGGGAACUGCCCAUAUCCUACGUUUUUCAAAUCUUGGUUUGAAAACAACAAACUUUUCCAAAGUUCACAAUAUAAACUCAGAGUACUCCAGCCGAGUGAAAACACAAUGGGCUUGGGACGAGACUCGUUUGAUGGUGAUGCAUCACCCAAUUUACAGGAUCUUUUAUGUUUCCCAUGACUCUCAAGACUUGAAAAUUUGGAGCUACAUUGCAAGAGACGGUCCUACCAAUGUCUUCAAGUGUAACGUAUUCAAGGCAUACAAAAAGAGUCAAGCGAUGAGAAUUGUCCGAACAAUCGGUCAAGCGUUUGAAGUGUGCCACAAAUUAAGUGUUGUACAGAGUCCCUUGAAUGGGGGAACACCUGAUGAUGGAAACAGUACUAUAUCGGUUGAUGACAACGAGAAGUCACUGUCAAAACGAAUCGAGGAAUUAGAAAGUAAUUCCAACUCAACGUCAACUGACAUGGAUAAAAAAGAAAUCGAAGAAAUUUUGUCAUAUGCCAAUGACACAGAUGAACCAGAAAUCCAAGAGAUUCUGAAUGGCACACAUAAACUUAAAAGGACAGCAAAGAAACAGGUUGAUAGCCAGGAAUUAAAGCUAUCUAAUCGAGAUGAAAAGAAACUCUCUAGGGAAUGUUUGAAAGAUGAUAAAAUUUUACCGCCCCGUGAAUUAACCCUCACUAAAGGAACACAUGCACCACCUAUUGGCAAGCAGUCGAAUGCUGCUAUGACAGUAGGGGGCAGUAAUAGUAGCUUAGUGGUUGGUGGAGGGAACGUCGUCAGUGGUGGUAGUAUUAGUGGUAGUAUUGGUGGUAGUAGUAGUUGCAUUAGUGGAAGUGGUGUUGGUGGAAGUAGUGGUGGAGGUGGAGUGAGUGGCCGAGUCAGCAAUGUCGGAGUCAGUUUGGCUGGAAAGACGUUGACGACAGGUGGGACGACAAUCGUGUCACCAAUCAGCUCACCUGUGCUACUUGGGGACUACGGUCAGCUGGAAGCACACAUGCCCCUUAGUCGGCACCACCAAAUGCAACUGCUACGCCAGCAACUUGAGCAGCAACAGCAGCAAACUCAAGUUGCUAUUGCUCAGGUUCAUCUCCUGAAGGACCAACUAGCCGCUGAGACAGCCGCGCGUAUUGAAGCUCAGGCUCGAUCUCAUCAGUUACUGCUUCACAAUCGGGACCUUCUCGAUCACGUGGCCCAGCUAAUUAGUCGGAUGCAAGAUCUAGAGAUGAAGGCCGGUGGAUUUACUGCAAGUUCAGAGCAACUUUAUCAAACAACAUUACAGAUUCCUGUCUUGCCUGAUCCGACGACCCCUCAGUCUGGUCCUGUCUAUUUGCCUGACUUCCGGGAUGUAGACAGUACCUACUUGAACUCAAUUCCGGAAACUGCCUUGUUUGAGAAUACUAAAACAGAACAAGACACAGAUUCACCGGACAGUGGUCACAGAGAAAUGUCGUCUGAUAGUCUAUCUUGCAAUCUGACCAGUGGUUUGGACUCUAAGAGUUGGCAGUACAAUAGUUAUUGCCGAUACCCAUUGGCUCAACAGAUUAAAAUGAGCCACAACAAUCAGCAACAACAACAACAUUUGCAUAAUCACAAUGUUCCUCUAUAUCAGCAGCAACAAAAACAGCAACAACAACAACAACAACAACAACAUGUAAAUAGCAACAAAGUUCAUAUUAACAGUAAUGGUGUUAGCAUUAACAGUAGUAGCGGCAGCACCAACAACAACAACAACAACAGUAACAACAACAACAACAGCAACAACAUCAACAACACCAAUGCCAACAACAACAGCACCACGACCAUGAACAACAUUGAAUACCACAUGAACAACAACAACAACUACAACCCAUUCACAAAGUGUUCGCCUAAAAAACGAGAUGAUAUCAAAAUCAUUACCCCAGUACCAGCUCAGGAUGCAAGUGGCAAUCGCCUUGAAUUGAAACUAAACGUAGCACCAAAGUUGGAUCCACCGCCCAAAUACACAAGAACGUCGCGCCCUCUGUCGGCCGACUUAGACAGCCUUUCUUCAAACUAUAGAGAUAGCAAUGCAAACACACAACAGCUGAAUAAGAGGAACCAGCUAUCGGAUAACAUGUAUUAUUCUUCUUCUUUAACCAAUUCGGCCUUGUUGAAUCCCACGCAGCAUCGACCAGGGACAAUUGAAAGUUACCAGUCAACAGAAAGUAACCGCAUCACACCUUUAUCAUCAUUGUCGUUGUCAUCGUCAUCAUCGUCUUCAUCGUCGUCGUCGUCUUCUUGCUCGUUUUCAGCUUCUACUUCGACAUCGUCUUUGUCAGGUAGGAUGUCAAGUGGCAAAGGAACACCUGGUCAAAUGGUGACGACAGCAACGACAACAACGGCGACCACAGCAACAGCACUAUCAACAACGCCGAUCCCAGGGGCUUUAUUAUCAACGACAACCACCACCACGACAGCAACAACAGCUUUAUCAACUAACGCAACAACAAUAACCACGUCAACAUCAAAUUACUUGUUGAAAAACAAAAUCCACGUGAACAACCUCAGUUUGGGGGGUUCGGUCCCGACUAGUUGUAUUUCGUCUACAGUCGCAAACAUAACUGCGAAUGGCAGCAACCAUGGAGUAAGAGGGGGUAGUAAUACUAGUAACAGCAGUAAUGGCAGCUGUAGCAACAUUAAUAGUGGAUGUGGUAACAAACUCAGUUUGAACGAUGCUAAUAACAAGAGCUAUGUUCCUACAUUGAGCGCAUUUGCAUCGUCGGCCUUCAUGUCUUCAAAGACACCGGCUAAGACCACAUUUACACCACGAACAAAACAACAACAACAACAACAGCAACAACAACAGCAACAGCAAUCUAAAGCCAUUAACAUAGAGAAAAAGCCAUCUUCUUAUGAUGAGAUCUGCCCCCAGUUACAACCGAGUAGUAACUCGGAAGAUGAUGAUAAUUCUGAAGAUUCGGGUCUGCCACUUGUGCACCAAGCACCCAGGAGACUUGAUUCAAUGACUUUCGAUGAGUUUGAAGCUCUGAGUAGUUGAAACUUAAAGAAAAAACAAACGAAACAAAAAACACAAAAACAGCUAAUAAAUAUUAAAAAAACACAAAAAAGCAACAUAAAGCAAGGAAAAUUUUUAAAAUUUACAGUAAACAAGCAAGGAAAAAUAAAACAAAAUAUAUAAUAUAUAUACAUAUACAUAUAUAUACAUACAUAUAUGCAUGCAUAUAUAUACAUAUAUAUAUAUAUUUAACAAAGCUUGGUAAUGAAACCAGAGAUGGAAAAAAAUGUUAAUCAAGGUUGAAACAAUAGAAAUCAUAAUAAUUAUUAAUAAUAUUAAUAUUAUUGUUAUGGUUAUAGACGGAGCAUGUAACUUAAUUGAUUACGGCCACCCCCACUCCCAACCCCUUGCUCCCUUCUCCACUCCUGUCGAAUUCUGUCGGACUCUGCCAGUUCAACAUAACCCUUUCCUUCUUCACCCCAGUCGACCCACCCUGUCCCUAUUUACUUACACGGUUACCCUGCCAACCAUCUCAUUAUGCGUAGAUCGUUCUUUAACAACAACAACGACAACAACAACAACAACAACAAUAACAGUCAUCAUCGAUGAAAAUCUUAAUUAAUUCAGACAACGCUGCUUCAAGUGGGGGUGGGCAAGAAGGCCUUUGCGAGUAAAUGUAAGUAAUGGCAAGCACAGUAGUCGUCAUCAUUAUCAGCGUCAUCAUCGUCAUCGUCAUCGUCAUCGUCAUCAUCAUCAUCAUCAUCACUGUCAUCAACAAUAACAACAACAUGACAGCAAUGAUUAUGAAGAGAGCAAUGGCAAAGUUUGAAAUAAAAAGUUAUCUUAGAUUUUAAAAUAACGAGGGGGAAAAAAAAUUAGAAAAGUAUUUCAAAUUAAUUCAGUCGUCAAAUGGAUCAACAAUAAUGGCUGUGUUUAGACAGGAGUUCAUAAUGUAGUUUUGUUUGAAAGAUUUUAUUAUUAUUAUUAUUAUUAUUAUUAUUAUUAUUAUUAUCAUUAUUAUUAUUAUUAUUACUUUGUUGUUUUUGCAACGUGGUGUCUGAGAAUGUGUUUCUGAGUACCAGAGUACGUGUUGCAAUGAUGCUGUUUGUAUGUGUAUUUCUGUGUAUGUAUCAAGUAUUAUGUGAUUACAAAAUCAAUGAGUAUGUGCACAUACACCCAUGCAUGUGCACUUCCAAAUGUGCACACAUACGCAUACACACGCACAUGGAUAUAUUAUCUGAACCCCAUGCUAUCAUGAAAAACUAGAAGUUAAAAUGGUGGUGGUGAUGGCGACAGUAGCAGUAGUGGUCAUAUGUGUGUGUGUGUGUGUGUAUAUAUAUAUAUAACACAUAUAUGUAUGUAUGUAUAUACACACAUACGUGUGUGUGUAUGUAUGUGCACGUGUAUGUAUGUGAAUGUGUAUGUUUUAAGAUGUAUCCAUGUUAAAUGUUCCUAUAUUAAUCUUGGAGCAAAGAAGUCAAUGAUUCUCAGACAAACUAAUAGAUUAAAUUAAUCAGUGUAAUUAACAAUCAAUUUGUAAUGAAAGUUUUGGAAAUCUGAAUGACAAGGGACAGAAAAGAAAAAUAUCAUUUCACAGAAUUUGCCCAGUAGAUAUUUUCUUUGUGUUGUAUGUUUUGACUGAGUGUAAAAAUUUUUCUUCUAAAUAUUUCCUCAUUUACCGUUUUAUUGACAAACUCCAAGGUAGAAUUAAUCAGUCAUGUAAUAGGUAUACCAAAUUCUUACAUAAAUUGUAGGCGCAGGAGUGGCUGUGUGGUAAGUAGCUUGCUUACCAACCACAUGGUUCUGGGUUCAUUCCUACUACGUGGCACCUUGGGCAAAUGUCUUCUUACUAUAGUCUCGGGCCGACCAAAUCCUUGUGAGUGGAUUUGGUAGAUGGAAAACUGAAAGAAGCCUGUCAUAUAUAUGUAUAUAUAUAUAUAUGUGUGUGUGUGUGUGUAUAUGUUUGUGUGUCUGUGUUUGUCCCCCCAACAUUGCUUGACAACCGAUGCUUGUGUGUUUACGUCCCCGUAACUUAGCAGUUCAGCAAAAGAGACCGAUAGAAUAAGUACUAGGCUUCCAAAGUAUAAGUCCUGGGGUCGAUUUGCUCGACUAAAGGUGGUGCUCCAGCAUGGCCACAGUCAAAUGACUGAAACAAGUUAAAGAGUAAAAGAGAGUAAAGAGUAAAUCCUGCAAGUCUUCUUCUAAAACAUCCAUUACAUCGAAUUUAUAACUCUUUAGUCAAUAGAAAUAUAUGUAGCUCUACAUCUAAAUUAGAAAUAAUUGAUUCUAUAAUGCUAUAAGAAACUAAUUAUUGGACUAUCUGUGUUGGAACAUUUAGUUUUAUUUACUCUAAGUUCCAAAACCUAAUCUAGUGGGGCUUGCUUUGCUCUUGACACUGCAUAGAUAGAUAAAUAAACUCUUGCUGAUUCAGUUGAUUAUAUCUCACAUCAUUUCAUAUCAGAUCAUUGUUAAUAAGGUGGUUAGUUGGCAGAAUCAUUAGCAAGCCAGGCAAAAUGCUUAGUAGCAUUUCAACUGUCUUUAUGUUCUGUGUUCAAAUUCCGCCAAGGUCGACUUUACCUUUCAUCCUUUUGGGGGUCGAUAAAAUAAGUACCAGUUGAACACUGGGGUCAAUGUAAUAGACUUACUCGUUUAUCCUGAAUAUUACUGGCCAUGUGCCAAAUUUUGAAACCAUUAUUAAUAUGGCUGUGGCUUAUUGUAGAAAAGCAUAAUUUAUUAAGAUAAAAUUUUGGAUUAAAUCAAAAGUAUGUGUAUGAUUGUGUAUUGAAAGAAAAGUGUGCAGUUAAUAAGUUUUUCAAAAUGGGUUAUAUAACAAUGGAACAACAGAGAAAGGCGGUGAAUGAAAAUACCUCAGUGGCACCAUACUUACGGUAUUUUAUCACUGGCUUAGCCCCUUUUCUCAAUUUCACAUCUGAUUUGUUUCCUUGAAAAUUCAGGGAUACAAAUUAGAUGAAAUCCUAAUUAUUUUUUUUUUGUUUGUUCUUUAUAUAAAUAUUGAAUGGUAUUGAUUUUUGUGGAUUUCAUUUUUCGAUUUAUUUCUCCAUUUGUUAGAUUUAUCGAAAAAUUAACUAUUUCCAAGGAUCAUCAUUCAAUAUAUAUAUCAAUACAUGAACAUGGGCAUACUUUCUGCUGCUAGUUUGUAAGAUUGUUCUCCGGUUCCAAUCAACCUUACAAACGUGUUAAGCAGUAUAUGCAAGGACCCCAUCCAGUAUGAUAGUUAUGAUAGAAAGAAACUUCUGGAAGAUUUCAAAAUUAGAAGAAAAAAGGUGGAGGAAGAGUGAGAGGGAGAAAAAGAGAGGUGCAUACUAUCAGAUAUCAGUGAUGACAGAAUGAGUGUGAGUUCAAAUUCUUCAAAGUCAUAUAUUAGACAGCUUGGAAAACAUUUUUUGACAAAAUUAUAGAAAAUUACAAUUGGUAUAGUGAAUUCUUUAAAGUGUUUCAUUUGGUUGGUGCCUCACAGAUUUUGGUCCAAAACCUACUGAUAUAAAGUUGGUCAUUCAUUCUGCUGAUAUAAUUUUAUAUUCAAGUAUUAAAUUUAAAAACUAGUAAUUUAAUGAGAGCUAAGUGGCUUCAUGGUUAGGUGCAUUGAGUUAAUGAUCAUGAGGUUGUGUGUUUUAUUCUUUGAGCAAGGCACCUCGUUUCACAUUGCUCCAGUCUGUUCAACUGAAAAAUGAGUACAGGCUGAAUGUGAGUGCAGCCUUCUCUCCUUGCGGUAGUCACAUCCUUGAUGUUCUGCUGAGUCACGGGAGGGAGAGAUGAGGGUGUGUCUAUGUCUGCUCAUGACUCCAUAGGCAUCUAAAACAAUUAGUGAAAGCAUGCUACAUGCUACCAAGUCAUACUUGCUGAUGCAUAACAACUAUAGUUUUAGUAAUCUACUUCAGUGUUGAGAUGACACGAUAAAUUUGAGCCAGUUCUUAAAAAGGUAGACAGACAGACAGAUAGAUAAACCGAUACAUAGGCAGAUAGAUAGAUAGAUUUAAGUUACUGACUAGCUAUGCAUUUUUUUUUUUUUUUUGUUAUCUGGUUAAAAUUUGAUUAUUCUUCAGUUAUUCAAAUACUAACAAAAUAUUACAGUAAAAUAAAUAAAUAUCAGUAUAAAUAUCUCAA